AUGGCGGUGGCGUCUGUGUCUCAGCUGUCUGGGCUGCUAGGUCGGUCCGGGGCACAGCUGGGGCGUUCCAUGUCGAGUGGUGCCCACGGCAAGGAGGGCUCAGCUCGCAUGUGGAAGGUUCUCACCUACUUCAUAGCGCUCCCUGGCGUGGGUGUGAGCAUGCUGAAUGUCUUCCUGAAGUCGCGUCACAGAGAGCACAAGAGACCCGAGUUCGUCGCCUACCCCCAUCUCCGCAUCAGGUCCAAGCCCUUUCCCUGGGGAGAUGGUAAUCAUACUCUAUUCCAUAACUCUCACGUGAAUCCACUUCCAACCGGCUAUGAAGAUGAAUAGAGAGAACCUGGACCACCACCCAGUGGGGACCACAGCACUGGUUUGGACCAUGACUCGGCCCCCAGACCAAGA